AUGCGCGUUGGAGGCGAACCUGUGUGGAAAGUGCGCGCGCAUAACGUGUUCUUUAAACCCGACCUGUAUCCGCGAGCCCGGCUAAUGCAUGUUUACUCGGGAGCAAGUCCCAGUCAUUUCAGCAGGACUUACUCCCAACUGUGGGAGGGGGAGGAGCCACAGCAGCGCUUGGGGGCGGCGCUUCGCUGGCUCCUCCCCCCGGGGGCUGGCCAGUCCGCCGGCGGGUUCCGGAGGCGGAGGCAGCUUUCCAUGGACACGGAGCGGGGUCGUCCGGCUUGGGGGAGCUGCCGGCCGGGAGGGCGCCUGGAUAUGAGCCAUGGCUUCGUAAGGCACAUCAGGCGCAACCAGAUCGCCAGGGAUGAUUAUGACAAGGAGAUGAAGCAAGCCAAGGAAAAGGUGAAGAAGAGGCAUACGCCAGCCCCAGCCCGGCCCAGAAAACCAGAUCAGCAGGUCUAUCAUCCCCGUCAGAGAUGUAGAGUGGAAGUCACAUCUGGCCUGGAGUAUGAGGGCUCCAGUGAGAGUAGCUCCAGUACUGAACUAGACCCUUAUGGACCAGCACUCUUCUGCCUGGAAUAUGAAUCUGACAGUGGCGAGAUCACCUCAGUUGUUGUGUGCCAGGACAAUGACCCUGAUGAGGUGGUAGAGAAGAUCAGUGCCCAGAACCAACUGGAUCCAGCUAUGCGUGAGGCCCUGAAGAAGCGGGUGCUGGAGGAGCUGGAAAAACGACGGGUAAAGCGCUGAGGCUCAGCGGAGAUAUCUGUGUUGUUUGCCUGGCUGCAAAAUGCUUUCUGCAAAAGGGGCAGUGAACUUGUCCCACAGCAGUUGGCUUGGAGGCUUCAAGAGGGUCAGGGAGUUAGCUGAAUCUUAUUACAGGUACCUGCUUCCAAGUAGUGGCCUGAGACUUUGUUGUCUGUGCCUAAAAGGAGUGAAUGGAAGGAGCCAGGGCUGCAGGAAGAGAAUGGCAGCCAGAAAUGGCCCAGGGAUUUUUUGAAAGCUAUUCAGGAAGACGUAGUCUAGCUGAAACCUAAUUGGAUGGCCUCUUACAGCUCUGAGGAAUGGUAUCAUAACUAAACCCCUAUAUUGUGGUAGCCCAGCAUCCUUUAUCUCCUCUUGUGAGUUCCUACUCUGCUGGCUGUUAAAUCUCUAGAUUAGGUGAAUUCACACCAAGACAGAUGUUUCAC